UGGGCUGAGGCGGAGACAGGGGACUUGCAGCGCGCGCGGCUCCGCGAGUGUGUCUCCUGUGCGCCGAGAGGCGGGGGAGGAGGAGGACGAGGAGGAGGAGGGGGAGAAUGCCCGGAGCUGCCGCCGCUGCCGCCGCCGCCGCGAUGCUCCCGGCUCAGGAGGCUGCCAAGCUGUACCACACCAACUAUGUGCGGAACUCUCGGGCCAUCGGCGUGCUGUGGGCCAUCUUCACCAUCUGCUUUGCCAUCGUCAAUGUGGUGUGCUUUAUCCAGCCCUACUGGAUCGGCGACGGCGUGGAUACCCCGCAAGCCGGCUAUUUCGGGCUCUUCCACUACUGCAUCGGCAACGGUUUCUCUCCGGAGCUGACCUGCAGGGGCAGCUUCACGGACUUCUCCACGCUGCCCUCGGGCGCCUUCAAAGCCGCUUCGUUCUUCAUCGGCCUUUCCAUGAUGCUCACCAUCGCCUGCAUCGUCUGCUUUACCCUCUUCUUUUUCUGCAACACGGCCACGGUGUACAAGAUCUGUGCUUGGAUGCAGCUCACCUCCGCCGCCUGCCUUGUGCUUGGCUGUAUGAUUUUCCCCGAUGGCUGGGAUUCGGAUGAAGUAAAACGGAUGUGUGGAGAAAAGACGGACAAGUACACUCUUGGGGCUUGUUCAGUCCGCUGGGCGUACAUUCUGGCAAUCAUCGGAAUCUUGGAUGCUCUGAUCCUCUCAUUUCUAGCAUUUGUGCUUGGUAACCGACAAGACAGCUUGAUGGCCGAGGAAUUGAAGGCAGAAAACAAAGUUCUGCUAAGCCAAUAUUCUCUAGAAUGAGCACAAAACCAACCGAACAACAGCUAAACAAAUUGAAUAACAGCUUUUGUACAUCAACAUCAAGAAAGAGACGCUUGGGAGAGGUCAGAAUCCAGAGACGGACAUGGAUGAGAGUGAACUAUCCGCUUGUCAAAGCGCCUCCUAAGUCUAGAUCGGCAGAGAUGGGAGUGAUUUUUCUGGAAAGAGAUGCAAUCGUGGAUUAUUGGAAACACCAGCUCAUUGGAACCUGUCGUUGAAUAAGAUCAGAUAACAUUCAUAUAAAUCAUAUUCAGGAAAUAUUUUAAGGAAGAGAAAUUAUAAAUGUGCUUGAAUUCACAUGUAAAAUAUAUAGGUACUGAAAUUUGUAAACUGUCCUUUUUUAAUUAAAUGGAAACAAAAAGCUUUAAUCUUUCACCAUUUAAAAAAGGCAGUAAAUUCUAAAUUAUUCCUAUCUCAAGUGUCAAGAGGUUGAUCAAGCACAUCAUUUAUUGAGGAAGCAUCUUAGAUAAAGCCUCUGAAUGUUUUCACAGGAGAUACAACUUUUGAUUCUCCAUCUCUGCUGUUCAUUUAUUUUACUGUGUUACAACCUCUCAGUUGCUAAGAGAUGUAAAGCUUCAAACUUUUCACUGAGUCUGUGUUCAGUUUAAUCUGUUCGUACAAGUUACUAUGAGAAAGUGUUUCUGACAUAUACUAUUACUCCAUCAAGUUGUAUAUUACAGGAAGUACAUCUUUACAACAUAGGUUCCCAAGCAAUAUAGAUUUCCCUAUCUUUCAUGAAACAGCAUCAAGGAAUUUUGAAAAACAUAGAAAGCUCAUUUUCACCUUGGAUGCUCACAUGUAAUAUAUAGGCUGCUAUCAAAUAAACACCUUUUUUCUAAUACUCCCUAGUAUAUGCAUAGGAAUUUAAUAUACUUUAUAAAUAGAUAUCAAAAAUAUCUCUGCUUUUUUUCUACUUCUUUGCCAUACAUAUCAACAAAAAUCCAUAUCUUUUCUUUCCCUUGCUGAUAUGCACU